AUGGCUCGUCUUUUACAUCAUUUCAAGGCCUUGAGUUCCUUCUUCUUUUUCCUCUUCUACAUCUACCACAACACAGCCAUGGCAACUCUCAAUUUCAAGCCAAUCAAGGCCAACUGUGCCACCACCAAAUACACAGAGAACAGCACCUUCUCCACCAACCGCAACUCCCUCUUGUCCACCCUCAAAGCCAAGUCCUCAUCCUCCCUCUCCACCAACCAAACCUCCGGCGAGGCUCCGGCCACCGUCUUCGGCCUCUACUUCUGCACCGGUGACCUCUCGCAAGACAACUGCCAGGCCUGCAUUCAAACAGCCAUCAAAGACAUUGUUGAUAGUUGUCCAAGCUCCAAACAAGCCAUCAUAUGGUAUGAUUACUGUGAGCUACGUUACUCUGAUGUCAACUUCUUUGGAGUACCAGACACUAAUGGCUUCUCCAUGAUCAAUAUUAAUGAGAACACCACUUCAUCAAGACCAGUGGAAGUGGUGUCCCAGUUAGUGCAAGAAGCUCCACUAGCCCAGCCUCUCAUGUUUAAGUCCCAAGCUUUCAUAUCUGAAAGCUUGUAUGCUCUGGCGCAGUGUUCUUCAGACUUAAGCAGUAAAGGAUGUGGUGAUUGCUUGACUACCAUCUUGGCAAAUAUUAAGGCUUGUUGCACUAGUGCUAAGGGAUGGAGGUUUUUGGCUCCUAGCUGUUGGAUAAGGUAUGAAGCUACACCUUUUCUUCAGAAUCUCAAUGGAACCAGUACAUCAAUCACUCAGAGCUACUGUUCAAGCCAUGAUUUCCCAGCUUCUAAUGGCCUGAAUGCCACCGCACAGCUUGAGAGCCUUUUGUCAAGCUUAACAGAACAAGCUUCAGCAUUUAAUGGCUUCUACAACACAAGUGAAGGAGAAGGCAUGAACAAGAUCUAUGGCUUAGCACUCUGCAGAGGAGAUCUACAAAACAAGAAGGAUGACUGCCAGAGCUGCCUCAAGGAUGCAAGUAAAAGCAUAGUAGAAGACUGUCCAAACAAAGCACAAGCCACAGAAUGGUAUGAGAAGUGCUUUGUUAGGUACUCAAAC